GUCUAAAGUUUGACAGGGUUCGUGUUGUUAUUUAUUUUUAAGAAAGUACCGGCAUCUUAUAUUAGCUAGUAAAAUGGCAAAUUUGGAAGGUGAUUGUGCAACAAAAUAUCGAGUACUUGUUUUGGGAGGUUGUGGUUUUAUUGGAAGACAUAUAGUUGAAUAUUUAGUUUCAAAUAAACUUGUUACAAAGGUUAGGGUAGUAGAUAAAGUACCUCCACAGACAGCCUGGUUAAAUAAGCAUCACCAAGACAUAUUCUCUAGCAAUUUAGUGGAAUUUAAGAGUGCAAAUUUAAUAAAUUCAGUGUCAUGCCAAAAUGCCUUUGUAGAUGAAGAAGGACCUUAUGAUUUUGUGAUUAAUUUAGCUGCAGAAACAAAAAUGGGACAAAGUGAUCCAGUAUACAAGGAAGGAAUUGUCAAGCUCAGUACUAAUUGUGCAAAAGAAGCUAUGAAACAUAAAGCCCAGAGGUUUAUUGAAGUUUCUUCUGGUCAUGUACAUUCCAGUGAAAAGUCGCGCAUAAAAGAGACUGCAAAACCAGAUCCGUGGACAGUUAUGGCCAGAUACAAACUUCAAGUAGAAGAAGAACUUUCUCUCAUUCCCAACUUGAAUUACGUUGUUCUACGACCUGCCGUGGUAUACGGAAUCGGUGAUAAAAAUGGCAUUAUGCCAAGGCUGGUUGUUGGAGCUGUAUACAAACAUUUAGGUGAAAUGAUGAAAUUGCUGUGGCAUAAGGAUAUUAAAAUGCAUUCCGUGCAUGUUCUUGACAUGGUUAGAGCCAUAUGGCAUGCUUGCCUCCAUGGGAAAUCUGGAGAAAUUUAUCACAUUGUAGACAAAGGAGAUACAACUCAAGGGAAGAUAAGUGAUAUUGUGUCCGACAUUUUCAAUAUUAAUCAUGAUUAUUUCGGAACAGCCAUGUCGACUCUUGCAAAGAUAGACAUGUCUACACUUGUUGAUGACAUCAAUGAUAAGCAUUUAGGACCCUGGGCAGAAGCUUGUUCAAAAGAUGGCAUUGAAAAUACACCUUUAAAUCCAUAUUUGCAUCAAGAACUUCUUUAUGACAAGCAUUUGAAUCUUGAUGGCAGCAAGUUUGAAUCAACUGGGUUUACUUAUUUAGUUCCAACCAUGACAAAAGAAAAAGUCCAAGAAAUUAUUGAAGACUACAUUGCAAUGGGAAUAUUUCCAAGGUCACUUGUUAUAUAAAUUACGAAUUAUUCUUUCACUCGGGCACAAUUUUGAAAAAAAAAAAAUGUUUUGAAGAUUUUGAGAGUUUUUAUACAAACUAUUUAUUGUUAUGUAUUUUUGUUUUAAAUCAUGAUGAUUUCAAAAUUUUCAGUUGAUGUCAUUCCUUAGUGUAUCUCAGAACGGUUGAGCUGCAGACAUUUGUGUGGUCUGCUGGAAAUACCACUUCAUGAAUUACUAUACAUGUGCCAUUUUGAUGAAUUGAAGACAUUGUGAAGACAAAAAUAUAAAGGGUGCGCCUUAUAUGUUCUCACUUAUACAGGUGUAUAAAACUGGUAUUUGAUUCAUGUUAUUGUCAUUCAAGUAAUUGGAUCAUGAACCCUAUGACAAAAUAUUAAAAAUUAUUAACUUCUUACAGUUAUUAAUUUAAUUUUUGCAGUGAUGAUUCCGUAGUUUUUAUCAUGCUUGUUUAUUCAAUAUUUUUACUUAAUUUUGACACCUUCUUAUUCCUGAUUUUUUUAUUGUUCUUUUUUAUUUUAUUUGCAUUAAAUAUCUCUAUAAAAAAUUCAUUGUUAUUAGACUAACAGCAGUAAUCAUCUGCUAAGUUUAUCUAAGUGUUUACACUAUGUGACAGUGAAAAAGCAACACCGAAAACACUUUCGCAAAAAUUGACCAAAAGAUAGAGACAGUAAUGUAGGGUAACUGAUAUUAUGACAUGCUACAAUUAUAAAUGGAGCAACUAUACGGUAAUCUCAAUUCUCAAUAAUUUGAUUUACCAUCCUCGCUGUAAAUUGCUGUCCCAGUGAUCCUCAUACCUGGCUUAGUGGGGACUCAUGUAAGAGACUAUUUUUACUGACAAUACAUUCAACAAAACGUCUCUGUACACGCUUGAAGAGUUUUAGAUUGCCACAAAAUGUUGAUGAAAAUGACCUGGGAGAUUGGUCCAUGGUAUUGAGGUCAUUGCAAAAGAAUUUCCACCCCUGAAACGUCCUGUAUUCCCUUCCUCUUAUCAUCUUUGCAGCAACUGGUAGUGAAUGCAUAUAGAUAACAGUCUGCUAGUUUGCCGCUAGGACCCAAUGAGUCCAGUCUCACUCCUGGUGUACUAAGCCUACUGGAAGUGCCACAGUCUUCAUUGUCUGAGCAUUCUCGGUUCUAAAUGCUUACUGUGCUACAGAGUACUAAUUUACAAGAAGACUAGUGAUGUGGAUGAAAGAGCACAGCGAUUAUCGAUGGCUGUCCUUAUAGAUCGCGUAGCCUGGGCUCAGUAGCCAACACUUUGUACCAUUCACUUAACUUGGUACAUUACAUCUACCGGCAGUUUGUAUAGCACUAACAUGUGUUCAUGUUGCAUUUUCCCUCUCAUGUAGUGUAUUUUAUUGAGAUAAAUGGUGCUAUUGAGAUAACUAAAUUUUAUCAAUAAUAGUCCUUUGUUUUAGAGCAGACUGCUCAAAAUCCAGGUCUGUCAUACAGGGGGGUCAGGAGAAGGGCAAUUGAUCUCCCCCCCUCCCCCCCCAAGGCACCAAAAAAUCAAUGUAACUCCAUUUAUAUGGUCAGAAUUUCGCUGUUUUUCAGUAGGAUAUGCAUUGACUAUAUACCCUGUGACCCCUCUGGGGACGAUUGAAAUGACUGGCCCAUCAAGGUCAGGGUUUAGUUUCCACCUUAUAGUAGUAAGUUGCCAUAGUAAAAAUCAAGUUACAAGGCAGACAUAGUUUAUUUUAAACCCAAGUAUGAAAAUUCUGUCGGGUCUUAUGUUUUUGCUGACAAGACUUCCAGUUAUAAUAAAUGAUGAAGUGUCCUGUUUUCAGGAAAUGAAAGAGAUUGAGUAGUGUUUUUACUGGACCAAUAUUGAAUUAUAUUAUACAAGUGUGGUUUACAAUGCCAUAACUCAGCAAAGUUAGAUCUCUGGAAGAAACCUAGCAGCAUCUUUUUUACUUAGUUUUUUUCUGAGAAAUAUUUUUAAAUCAUUAUAUUUUGCUUACAUAGUCAAGCACACCUGUAAAUAAUAUCAUAGACAAGCAAGGACUAGGCUAUGGAAAAAUUAAUUUUCACGUCCUUAAAGUUUUAGCAUUGAAUUAUCUUAAAAUGAAAUUUCAUAAUUAUAUCAAUAAUCUGUUCUGCAUAAAUAAUCUGCUGUAAUGAUUUCUGAUGCCAAUACAUAUUAUGUAGUCUAAAUGGGCCUUCGUAAGGGGAGUAAUUGUUUUUUAAAAAAAUGACUACCUAAGUUAGAACAUAAAUAUCAUUCAAAACGUUAAAAUGGUUAACAGUUCAUCUGAAUUUUAAAACAGAAAACCUUCAUGAAUCUUAACUUUCUUUUACUGCUUUGUAAAAAGUAGACUAAUGAAAGUAAUAGUUUUCUUUUUCUUUUUUAAGACGUAAAAACAUAUAAGUCUUUUUAGCCCCUCUCUUAAUUUACACAUAUGGAUGCUCAUCAGACUUAAGCUCCUUUUUUUUUUUCAAAAGCAAUUUAAAAGAAUUUUUAGAGAGUUUUAAUAGUAAAAUUUAGCAUCCACAGUCUGUUUAACCAUUUUGAAAUGUAUCUAUCUACUUUGCAUAUUCUCGAAUUGCAUUGCCCAUUUAUCAGAUGAAUUUGAAUGAAUGGAAAAUUUCUUUUGUGAGUCUGCUGCACAACAUUUUUAUACUUUUAAUUUUAAAAAAAUGUUGUGGAAAACGAAUUGCACAAAUAUGUGUCAAAUUGAAUUUAUAUUCAAUAAAGAACACAUCACAGAAUAUCAUUAGAAUUAUUUUAUUUAUUUAUUUAUUUUUUAAAUAAUUGUAAUUUUGAAAUUACUAGUUUAGAUGCCAGGCUGAAGCACAUGGAAGUGCUUUUUUGUCUUGUGGUCUCCUUGGAGAUACGCCCACUUGUACUUCCUCUGGGAAGCUGAAAAUUAAAAAUGUUUUCCCAUUUCUUGCCCGUUUUUGGAUGGUAUUUACAGAGCAGUUUUUUUGAGGUUAUUUAUAAUUUAAAAAAUUAAAAUACAUAUAUUUUGUAAUUCUUUUUUAAAAUCUUAAUUUUGCCCUCAACAUAAAAAAAAAAUUACUUCAAAGAAAAGCUGUAGGUUUCUUUCAAGAUAGUAUAGUGGUGAAUUGACAUUUUGUAUUUGAAUCUCAAAACAAAUGGUUUUUAAGAGCGGAAAACUUUUUUUAUUGUAGCUUUCUCAUGUGUAGAUAUAAAACCAGAUUGGAAGUACGAAUCAGUAGCUAAUUAUGAAGUCACAUUUUUUUUUUAAAAUCAGUUUCUUUGUUUAUUCUAUGUGGUGACAGUGCUAUAUCAUGCAUUUAACUUUUAAAGCAUGUUGUAUAGAAAUCUAGUUGAGCUUCUUGAUAUUUUUAUAGUUAAAUUGAUACAUAUUCCAAGUGCUAUUACUUGCUGCUGACAAUGAAAAAUGAACUUGUAAUGUUCAACAGAGCUUUUACUGUUUAACAUCUAUUUGUUUGGUUUUUUCGUCCUUGGUACUUAAUGGACCACAUGUUUUUAAUUUUUUCAUUGAAUAUGAAUUCAUGCAAGAAAUCUUCAGAAAUGAAUAUAAAAUAUGGCAGUUCUUGAUGGAAUGGAAUAAUAAAGGAGUUAAGUAUAAUAAGUUUCUUCCCAACGUUUUAGAUAGUAAUAUUUAUUAAGUCCAGUGGAUUUUUCUCUAGUUCUAACCUUUUUAUUAAAACUUGAUUAUCGAGUAAUAGUAACAAUGGAGUUUUGAUGCUGGGGAAAUAGUUUAUGAAAUAAUUGCUCAGAAAAGAUUCAUCGAGUCUACGAAUUUCUAUCAGAGUGUUAAAAAAAAUAUUGGAAAUGAAAUGAGAGACUUUGUUUUAGGCAU